AUGGUCACGCACAUUCACGAUGCCUUGAUCGCUCGCUCCUCGCAAACCUCCAUGGAGCGUGCGAAUGCUUCCGACGCGUCUCUUGACACUGUGGCAAAUGGAAAAGCCGCUGCUGCCAUUGCGGGAACCUUCUCUAACUUGGCCCAGGCAGUCAGCGAUGCGGGGAAGACUCUGGGCACCGCCGCCGGCAACGUCUUCUUCGCCGUCGGGAACCGCGUCAUCAAAGCUCCAGAGAUGAGAUUCGACAAUCUGGAUUCGGAGCUCAAGGACUUGGCCAACGAACUCGGGGACGAAGCCUUGGUGGUGGGCAGUACUCUGCAGGGGGUGGCCCGAACAACAGUCGAGGCAAGGUACAAGUUGGCUUUGCACCUUUUGGCUGCAGCGACGGAAGUCUACAACAAAGCCAAGGAGAUUGCCCACCAGGUAGCGAAUGCGGUGAAGAGCUUCGUGAAGUGCAUUGCUGAGGACGCCGUGGCAGCAACCGACAAGGAAAAGCGGUGCAAGGCACUGCUUGGCGAGCAAUGUGACUGCAGUCUUGAAAAUGGCGAGCCGAAGAGCCACCUAAAGGCCACUGGCUCGCCAGCCACCGGACUUGGCGUGGACAUGAAGUGCGUUCCGAGCAAGACUUCCGAGUUUGCCAAGGGGUUUCGUUUGAAAGCCUCUUCUUCAGGAAGCAGUGAGGCCUCCCCGGCGGGAGGAGUGCCCUUGCCAGGAACCGAGGAGGAAAUUUCUUGCAGUGACGUCUCGGCGAUGGAGGCCACCGCGACGGACACAAAUAAACAAAUCAGGACGAGCCCCGCGCAAGCAAUGGAAGCCCUUGCGACACCGCAGCCGAGCGGAUCCUGUGAAGGGGAUUUGAGCGUGGCCCUCGAUGCCGUCGUGACGUUCAACCCAAACCUCAUCACGGUGAAGUCAACGGUCAGCGGGACCACCGUCAAGACAGAGGCCUUUGUCGAAGGCUGGGUACGUGCAUCGGUGGAAGCCUGGGUGAAGGGAGAAGGCACUUGCUCAUAUGAAGCUCAGCGGGGUGUUCCCAAGCAGCCCAAGAAGAAGAUGAUUUGCGCCAAGGGUGUAUGCAUCAUCUUGGCAAUGCAGAUGCUUGCGACGCUGAAGCUGGAGGGCACCCUCACAGGAACGGUCACGCAAUCCUACGACGUGGACUUCUUCGUGAAAGGCAGAGCCGUGAUGAACACUGACACGAAUCAGGAGUCGUUGGUCUACGCUGAUAUCACUGACGUCAAAUACAAGGAAGGCAUCAAAGCCGCGGCGGAGGCAACCGCUUCUUUGCGCGUGAGUGUGGGGCCAAAGUUUGUGGUCUGGCCCACGCCGGGUCUUCCGGUGACCUUCUUCCCCCAGGUCCAUGCGCACGCAGAGGCCGUGGGCAGGAUCGAGUAUCCCCAAGGCGGCGGGGAUCGUCGCGGCCGCAGGCGGCUGGACGGUGCACCCAAAGCAAAGCUCAACAUGUGCCAUGCAGCAGUCCUGAGCAUCUACGCAGACCUGGGCAUCACCGGCUUCGCCCUACCUCCUCCAUUGGAGGACUUGCUGGACGGUGACAUGGUCAAAGCAAUGCUGAAAGAAGCCAUCAAGGAAGGCGCAGAGAAGGCCUUCGGCCCCGGCGCCAGCCAGGUCGCGAACUGUGUGCCGGGUGCAGGCGCCUUGGCCGACAGAAUUGCCAGCAAACUCGCGACUCUGCUGGCGAGCGCUCUUACGGCGCUGCAGCUCCCAUGGCAGUUGCAGAUGGUCGAGCUUUUGAGCUCGGACAAGCUGUUCUGCGAGGAGCCGUGGAAGACGGACGGCUUCGAGCAGUCUCCCUGCGCGGAGGAGAUUGGUUGCAGCGGCGCUGGACUUUUAAGUCUCCCAGAGCCUGGCGUCAUGGAGAUGCCACCGGAAGUCUCGACGACCUCGACCACCACGGCUGGGCAGAGUGUUGCGAAGGAGCAGUGCAACCAUCGCGGAACGCAUAUUGCCUUCGGAGACCGCUUCCUUGAGAUGGGGAGCUUCCGCAUUGCUGACCACGAUGGGGACCACCUCACGAUCACGCACAGGGACCACUCCAAGGCAAUCAUGAUUCUGGGCAGAACCUGGUCUCAGGCCAACGAGCAUUCGAAUCAGCUCGAUGAUGCCAAAUGGAAGAACGAGGCCUGGGGCAGGUCCAAAGGAAUCGAACACGUGAAAGGCAGCGUCAAGAUGGGUUUCCAGUUCAUCCAGAUUGGCAACUUCCGCUUGGGUGCGGACGACUGGUGCCUCAUGGUUUCGCACAUGGACCCCACUACCAGGGGGGUCCUUCGGGAGUGGAAGCACGACGGAUCAACUUGGAACGCAGCAGAUCGGACCCUGAGGGACCGCGAGGAGGGGCCCCCGACAGGCAUCAGCGUUGGAUGGGCGCAUCCCGGCUGCAAAGUCUAG